AUGGCUGAAGCGUCCUCACAAGUGCGUCAGAACUACGACCACGAUUGUGAGGACGCUGUCAACGCCCAUAUCCAGCUAGAGCUGUACGCCUCCUACGUGUACUUAUCUAUGGCCUUCUACUUUGACCGUGAUGACGUGGCUGAGGGGAACUUCAAGCAUUUCUUCUUGAGCAAGUCACACACCCACAAGGCCAGUGCCGAGAUGUUCAUGUCCCUUCAGAAUAAGUGUGGAGGCUGUAUCGUCCUUCGUGACAUCGCGAGACCAGACCGCGACAGCUGGCAUGGGGCCAUUCAGGCCAUGGAAUCCGCCUUCCACAUGGAGAUGAACAUCAACCAGAACCUGCUGAACCUGCAUGCAUUGGCCAACGGAAAAGGCAACACCUACCUCUGCGACUUCAUGAAGCAACACUGUCUGGAUCAGCAGGUCCAAGUUAUGAAGGAGGUGAGCCACUUUCUGACCAGUCUGCGCCAGAUGGGAGCCUCAGAGAACGGCUUGGCUGAAUACCUCUUCAACAAGCUCAGCCUGUCCUAA